AUGUCGCUCGCACCGAUUUCUGUGCCAGAGCGCAAACCAUCCCCGCAGCUCAGCGUGAACCUGGGCUCAAAUAACCCCUUUCGAAACCGUACUCUCUCUCCAGCAAGUCCUGUUUCUCCUGGUCUUGGCUCACCCGGUCUCGCUUCUCCUGCUAUCCGACCGGAACGACCCCGUUCGACAAACCCUUUCUUAGACGACACCGAAGUCCUGUCGCCUCAGUCUGCUCCGGCCGGAACUAUCAAAUCGCCCAUGAGUGACAAGAACCCGUACACCGGCAACGCUGCCGAGCUUUUUGAGAGCCUCUCACUGAACAGCAAACCCACGGACUCCCAACCCCAAGACACUAAACCCAAAGAACGUCGUCCACCACCUCCCCGCCCAGACAAGCCGCAUUCCUCUUCGCGACCACGCCCGAGUGGGCGGCCGGAUGGUCAGGGUUCUCGUCGUGAUCGAUCAAGGGAUAGAAACCGAUCAAAGGACAGACCCCGUGAAAAGGAUCCCUUGGACAUCUUUGCAGACCCUUCCGAGAAAAAGGAACGCCGCCCGGAGCGGCCUCGUGACGCACGUCCUCGCCCACGCCCACGCCGAAACUCAGAGUCCUCCAUUAUGGAGAAACCGCGACGCAUGGACUCGGAAGAUGAUAAAAGGCGACGCGAGAGACGCCAACGUGACGGGAAAAGUCGCUCCAAACGACCACAAGGUCAUCGACUAGACUUAAUUGACAAGCUUGAUGUUACCUCGAUCUAUGGUACAGGAUUAUUCCACCACGAUGGUCCCUUUGAUGCUUGUAAUCCUCACCGAAACCGAAAAGGAUCACGACAGGCUCCUAUGCAGGCAUUUCCCAAGGAUUCUAAAAAUAUGGCAAUCGGCGGCGCCGGGCCUAACAACGCGACUCUCGACUUGGCCAUGAUCCAUGGUCACACGGCCGAAAGUUAUUUAGACUACAACAAUGGCACCACCAAGAAAGGCACAGGCACAGCCGCGUUUGACGCUACUGCUCGCAUAGAACCCAUUCACGGCGCGGAAAGCAUGGGACUCGGAACAAGUACCUUCCUCGAAGGUGCCCCGGCAAGUCGUUCCGCGAUUCAACGUCGCCAGAGUGAGACCGAAAACCCAAUGUCUCAGGGUGGCGGGCUCCAGCGCAAGAAGAGCUUGGCACAGAAGAUUCGAGGCGGUAUCAAUCGACCUAGCACUGGAAGAAUGGUUUCUCCAGAAGGACGGAGAAGCCCGUCGAGCGCAGAAGCUACUACUAGCAACCGAGCCAACGAAAGAAACCCUUUUUUCCAGGACGACGAUGAUGCUUACGAGAGCAAAGGCGCAAAGAUCGAAGAAACCUACCUGUCGACGCGGGUACGAGCAUCCAGCAGCCCAAAGAGGAGCGUCGCCCUUCAGCGGGAAACCACAAAUGGGUCCACUGGUGGUGAUGAGUUGAAGCCCAGCGGGGGCGGUUUUAUGAAUCGGAUGAAAAGUCUUCGACGGCCUCGCCCUGAGCGCAGGAUGCCCUCGGAAUAG